AUGUCUAUAUCCGCCGCAACCGACAAACUAGACACGGGUGCUUUCGAGCAAGACGAGAAUAUCAACACGCGAUCACGCAACAAGGCUGAGAAGCCGGCUCUUCAGCGCCCUUUCCUGACAGCAGCCGACCGUGCGCGUCGCAACAUCAACGCCAAACUCUUCAAUCCCCUCGCGGGAUUCAGUCACGCUCAACUCCGCAAACAAGGGCGCAAUUUUGCGCUUACCCAUGAGAUUGGCGACGAGGAUGAUGUUCGUGCCUUUGAGAUUGGUGCCGUUCUGGCUCAAUCUCCCGAUCGCUAUGCAACCGUCUUUGGCCUGACCAACUCGGAGAAAGAGAUCCUGCAGCGAGAAUUCGAGCAUCGCUGGUCACAGCCAUGGACAAUGUACGCUGUUAUUGCGCUCUGUUCACUGAGCGCUGCGGUACAAGGCAUGGAUGAGACCGUCGUCAACGGCGCACAGAUCUUCUACAAAUACUCGCUGGGAAUUCAGGGAGACUCAUACCGAGAUACUUGGCUGGUGGGACUCAUCAAUUCGGCUCCAUAUCUUUGCUGCGCAGUAAUCGGCUGCUGGUUGACAGUACCAUUCAAUCAUUGGUUUGGCCGUCGGGGCACGAUAUUUUUGACGUGCUGCUUCAGUGCAAUUACCUGUCUCUGGCAGGGCUUCGUCUCGACCUAUUGGGCCAUGUUCGCAGCGCGCUUUGCUCUGGGCUUUGGCAUUGGGCCAAAAUCAUCAACGGUACCAGUGUACUCGGCAGAGUGUGCGCCGCCGGCCAUUCGUGGUGCGGUCGUGAUGCAAUGGCAGGUCUCCACGGCAUUUGGAAUCAUGCUGGGAUACGCUGCCGAUCUGAUUUUCUAUGAAGUGGGGGGUAGCUCAGGUCUGAAUUGGCGACUCAUGAUGGCGUCGGCUAUGUUGCCGGCGCUGGUGGUCUGCUGCUUUGUAUUCUUUUGUCCAGAGUCGCCACGUUGGUACAUGAGUCAGAAGCAGUACUAUAGAGCAUAUCAAAGCCUUUGUACUCUGCGAUUUCACAAAGUCCAGGCCGCGCGCGAUCUGUAUUACAUGCACACACUGUUGGAAGCAGAGACUGGUAUGAAGCUCGGGCAAAACAAGCUCCUGGAAUUGGUAGCAGUGCCCAGGAAUCGACGUGCAAUGGUGGCUUCGACGAUUGUCAUGUUCAUGCAGCAAUUUUGCGGUGUCAAUGUGAUUGCAUACUACUCCUCCGAAAUUUUUCUUGUGAGCUCUCCUACCGAGAAACAAUCCGAACACACAAGAGAGUCCCAUUGCAUCCCGUGCAAAUCUCAUCCGCGAUAUCUCACCCCCAACCUAAAAAGUCUUUGCAUCGUACUAACAAUGUCCCUCUCCCCGCCCCAGGAAGCCAACUUUGCCCCAUCCUCUGCCCUCGCCGCCUCUCUCGGCUGGGGCGUAAUCAACUGGCUCUUCGCCAUCCCCGCCAUAUUCACCAUCGACUCAUUCGGCCGCCGCAACCUCCUCCUCACCACCUUUCCCCUAAUGUCCCUCGCGAUGUUCUUCACGGGCUUCAGCUUCUGGAUCCCCGAGACCCACCACGCCGCCCGCACCGGCUGCAUCGCCCUCGGCAUCUACAUCUUCGGCAUCGUCUACUCGCCCGGCGAAGGUCCCGUCCCAUUCACAUAUUCCGCCGAGGCAUACCCGCUAUACGUGCGCUCGUACGGGAUGGCGCUCGCCACGGCCACAACGUGGUUUUUCAACUUCGUGCUCGGCGUGACGUGGCCUUCUUUGCGGAAUGCGUUCACAGCACAGGGCGGAUUUGCGUGGUAUGCGGGUUGGUGUCUUGUGGGUUGGGUCUUGAUCUUGUUGUUUGUGCCGGAGACGAAGGGGAAGACGUUGGAGGAGUUGGAUCAGGUUUUUUCCGUGUCGACGAGGUUUCAUGCUGCGUAUGGGUUGAGGCAGAUCCCUUACUUUGUGAAUAGGUAUUUGCUGCGACGGGAUGUUGAGCCGGAGAGAUUGUAUGAAAAGGAGGAGGGGGGGGGGUGGAUGGCGGGUUGA